AGGCGCGCCAAGAGACGGACUGACUGCACAGGCUCCUCCACCAGCCACUCUCACGACACCACUUGCUGUAGUGCAAUUCUCAGGAUCAGGUUUAGGAUGGCUGUGGACCAGUCUCUGGGGACACAGUAACUGUUGUGUGAUUGGUGGUUUGUCUGAGACACCAGAGAGAAACAAGAUAAGAAGAACAUACUAGAGGAACAUUGGGAAAUCUGGAGAACGUCCUGCUUUACACACAGAGACCAUGAUAACGCUAACAGAACACUAACGGAAACUUAACAGAAUGCUGAGUGAGGUCAUGUAGCUGCCCUCUGACCGCCCUGCAUGUGACCACGCCUUCUGCGUCACCUCGGCUUUUCUGAUUGUGUGGUUUGGAGAGCAACGUACCAAUGGAGAAGAGUGCUGAGGAGCUGAACCUCUCAUUCCUGAUGGAGCAUGAGCGAGAGAUGAUCCUCAGUGUCCUGCAGAAGGACGAGAAACUGAGGAAACUAGAGGAGAAGAGGAUACGGAAGCUGAAGAAUGAGCUGGUGGAGAUCAGGCGUAAGGGUUCGCGGCGCCCCCAGGAGGUUGGGGAGCGUCAGUGCGCCCGUUGCCUGAAGGGCCUGGGCCUGAUCUUCGACCGCGGGGAGCUCUGUGAGCAGUGUCUACAGCGCGUCUGCAGCGACUGUCGCGUGAUGGCCCCUAAAGGAAAGCAUUGGAAGUGUUCCAUCUGCGCCAAGGUCUUGGAGCUGAAGGUGGUGACUGGGGAGUGGUUCCUAGAGGAGCGGUCCAAGCGGUUUGACAAGGGGACAGUGUUCAGCAGUGAUGUGGUCAAACAGUCUAUCAUGAGCAGCCCCACAGGAAGCCCCUUCAGGAAGUCCCCAGCGCCAGCCGACACACCUGAGAGGCCUGACACGCCCAAAUCAGGAAGAAGCGCCGUGAGGAACCUGGUGGAUGGUGCCAAGAGGAAAGGGAAAGGGAUGUUGAUGGAUAAGAGGGGCAGCCGUCCCAGCCUGAAGCCAGAGAACGGGGUGGAGGGUGGGAGCGUGUGUGCUCCUGUCCCCGACCCAGACACACACAGCGUACGCAGUGCCCGGUCCGCACCACGCUCUGCUCCUCACUCACACAGGGGUAGUGUUGUGGCUCUGGAGUCUUCAGGGCUACCUACUAUACCUAACAACCUGCGCUCCCAAACCCUGGAGAGGGACAGGUCCCCUACACCCAGCAGCAAGAGCAGGAGGGUCAGGCCGGACGGAGCGGAGAGCGUGGCUAGUUUCCGCUCCAGCGACAGUGUGUUUGACAAGAUGGCCGACACCAUCACCGGGCAUGGCCGGACAGGGUCUGAUACCGCCCCACCCACCAUCGCUGUCUCCAGGGCCUCCGUGUCAUCAGAUCGUAGUCGUUCUGAGGUGGACCUGUCUGUUCCUGGUUCUGUCAGUAAUGAGGCCCUCAGUCUGAGGAGCCGCUCCGUCCCUGGUCUCAAUGACACGGAGUUUGAUGAUAAUGAGAAAGACGAGGACAUCGAUGCUCUGAUGUCGGUACACAGCAAGGCCACCAGCCGACGCAUGAGCUGCGCUGUGUCCACGUCUUCUACUCCCGGCUCAGAGAGAAAAUGGGGCUUCCUCAGUGUCCCUGGUGACUCGGACGCAGAGACUAGCAGUCUGAACAGUAUGAUGAGUAUGUACAGUGAGACUGGUGACUAUGGCAACGCCAACGUGAGUGGAGAGCUGCUGUUGAACAUCAGCUACAGCUAUAAGACAGGCGCUCUCAACGUCCUGGUGAAGGAGUGUCGUAACCUGGCCACCGGGGACGAGAAGAGGCAACGCACAGACGCCUAUGUGAAGGCGUACCUCCUCCCAGAUAAGUCUCGCCAGAGCAAGAGGAAGACCAGCAUCAAGACCAACACAAUCAACCCUGUAUUCAACGAGAACCUUAGGUAUGUGAUCAGCCACUCCCAGUUGGAGACACGAACGCUGCAGCUGUCUGUGUGGCACCACGACCACUUCGGACACAACAGCUUCUUGGGGGAGGUGGAGCUGACCUUUGACUCCUGGGAGUUUGACAGCAACAUGGAGGAGUGGUACUCUCUGCAGCCCAAGCUGGACUGUAGUAUGGACUCCACGCUCCAGUAUAAAGGGGAGCUGACCGUGGUUCUGAAGUACAUCCCUGCAGAGAAGAACCUCAUGCUACCCCUGGACCAGGUCCAAGUGAAGAAAGGCUUUCUGAAAGGAAAGAAGACCAGCAUCAAGCUGCCUAAAGGAGGCAUGGUGGAACUGCUGGUCAAGGAGGCCAAGAACCUGACCUCUGUCAAGUCUGGAGGCACCUCAGACCCCUUUGUGAAAGGGUACCUGCUCCCUGACAACAGUAAGUCCACCAAGCACAAGACGGCGGUGGUGCGUCGCACGGUUAACCCUCAGUGGAACCACACCUUCACCUACUGUGGCCUGCAGGCCGGAGACCUGAACAACGUGUGUCUGGAGCUCACCGUCUGGGACAAGGAGGCUCUGGCCAGCAACGUCUUCCUGGGGGGAGUCCGGCUCAACGGAGGGACAGGCCAGAGCUAUGGGAACGAGGUGGACUGGAUGGACUCGUACGGAGAGGAACAGCGGCUAUGGCAACGCAUGAUUGACAACCCGGAGGUCCCCCAUGAGUGUACACUGAUGCUGAGGUCCAGCAUGUGCAAGCGCAACACAUGAGAUGGAGGGAGGGAGGUUUAAGAAGGACAAAAGAAAGAGGGACAGAGAGAGGUGGCGGAAAAGGGAGAAACAGUGGAAGGAAAGAGGGGGAGAGAGAAGAAGAGACAAAAAGAAAGAGGACAGUGGUUGAUAGUGAUCCAUAUCCAUGCUCUAUCCCGCAAUACAGAGCUGAUGACAUCACCCCACUUCCUGACCCUUGAACCCUAACUUCUGAGCUACCCUGAUCCUGCACUGGGGUUCGUGGUCCUCUACCUGGUAAAGAGGUCAACCAGUCAUGCCUUACACACACAUGGCCAUACCCAGCCAAUACCAAGCACUGCUACUACUACUACUACCACUACUACUACUGUACAUUAUGUACAGGUAACUGCCAAAAUAA